AUGCAUUUGUUCCGCAUAGAUGAUAUAUCACAAAAUGUUUAUUCGGUUGUUGAUAGACGUGAUUACCUCCGUAUUGAUCAUCAAAAUACAUGGCUUCUUGGUUUGUCUAAUCCCGUACACAAAACUAUUUGGCGCCUUAGGUCCAAUUUAGGUGUCCCGAUGCCCGAGCCUGGUUCUAAUUCUGAUAAGGAUGAUCACAUUCCUAAUGCUUCCAUUCCUGAUUUUGUUGCGCCAGUGAAGCAAGAUCCUGUCAUGCAUCCCUAUCAUGACAUGUACAUGCAAAAGUUUCAAAGGUUGUAUGAGGAUAAUAGGCAUUUGCAUCGUGACUAUUCUAAACUUUAUGACAGUGCUUGUGAGAUAAAUACUGAGAUGGUGUAG